AUGACGGAAAACUUAAAAUCAAUUGUUCAAGCUGUUAACAAAUGUUUGAAAACCGAUUACAAUUUGAUAUCUUUUGACUCGUUAUCAGAAGAAACUUUACUUCAAGUUCUGUUGGAUGUUUUUCAAGAGUUUGGAAUUGUGAAUGGAAAGUGGGAUGUUAAAGAAAAUGAUCCCGAAGAAACGAACAGGAUUAUUAUGGAAAGUUUGACUAAGAUUCAGUAUACUGAUGACUCAAUGGACAUUCCCGAAUUGCGUCGUGGAUUGGUUCGUGGUGAUAAAAGAUUUUUAUUUCCCAUUUUUGAAUGGAUAUUUGAGAAUGAAGAUUUGAUUACGAAACUUGCUUAUUUGGCAAGAUUUCUGAUGCCCCUCAACCUCCCGCCCGAAGCAAUUUCUAUUCCCGAAGUUGUGACUCUGUUCUCUCAAUAUGAAAUUUCAAUGGAUGAGUUUAAAAAUUCUCAUCAAAAUUACGAAUUUUCUGUUCAAGAAAGUAAGAAAACUCGUGAACUUCGCAGUGAUUCGAUUGCAAUUGAAGGUGAAAUUGAAAAUGUUAAAAAGAGAAUUGAACGACUUCAAACAAGAUUGGAUAAAGUUCCACAACAAGAAUUAUUGCUUGAAGCUGCGAGAAGUUUGCGAAUUGAGAAAGAUCAGCAAAGAGAAUUGCAAACUCAGAUUGAUGAACAAAAGCAGGAAUUACAACGUGCAAGUGUGUUGAGUGAUCGAUUGCAGAAAGAAUAUCACAAUAUUCGAAUAACAACUCAAGGAACUUCACCACAGCAAAUGUUGGAUGCGAUCAUUGAAGAAACUCAAGUUCUUGAGUUUAUGGUGAAGCAGAAGCUGCCUCAAGAGUUGCUGGGUCGCCAAACUGAAGUUCAGAUUCUUCAAGAAGUCAUCGAUGAACCAAACAUUUCUCGUGACUAUCUUUCUAACCUUCAGUAUAAAGUUGAUGAUGUAAGCAAAGAAGUUCAGCAAAUGGUUGAAACCAAAAUGAAAGAUAAAAGUCAACAAAAUGACGUGCUUGGGCUUGGACCAUUCCGACAACAAACUGCAUUAAUAGCAAGAAACAAAGAAGUUGCAGCUGAACAAUUGGAUCAAUUGACAAGAGAGUUGAAUGACGUUGAUAAUCAAUUGAGAGACAAGCAACAGAAGCUGCAAGAAACUGUUGGCGAAGUUAUUUUAAGAGGCGAUGAUUUGAAGCAAUUUGUUAACACUUUAAGAGCUAAAAGUAACAUUUACAAGCAACAACGUUCGGAAUUGGCAUCAGUCAAAGCUGAAUCAAAUGAUUUAAUGGAAACUCUUGAAGGUCUUCGAGCUCAAGAUCCAACACUAGCUACAAAUGAUGAAGACCCAAGUUCACUUGAAGCAAUGGUUUCGCGUCCUGAUUCACCAGUUGAGUCACGUGGAGUUACAGAACUCUCACGUCUAGUUGAUGGCUUGCAGCGUGCUGUGAUUGGAGCGCGCGAAAAACUCGCACCAAUGUCCCAACAGCUGCGUCCAUUGCGUGAAAGAAUUGCCGAAUUGAAAGACGAAUGUGAUUCAAAGAAACAGUUUCAGCAUUUAAGCGAUCGACUAUUUGUGAAUAAAAUUGUGACUGUGAAGACGUCACCGAAACCAAAACGCGAUAUUGCAAAGAGGGUUAACAAAACUCUGCGUAGAGUUGUAAAAAUUAAUUUACUAAAUGUACUCAACAACACUUUAACGCGUCCAUUAACAGCAAAGAAUAAAAUUAAGCAUAAAGAAUUAAUUGAGUUAAGGAAAUCUAAGAUUAAAGAAGAAUUUCAUGGGGGAUCGCCAAGUAGUGCAGAUAAUUCUUUUAAUAAAGAAAAUAUGAGUCCGAACUCAACUAACGUACGAUUCAUUGAAUUCUCGUCGCCAUCUACCGAUUCGAGUCCCAACACCAAGCCAAGUUUGCGUCAACAAUUAUUGGAAUUCGCUCAAAAACACAACCCAAAGCCUGAAAUGUUUGAAGAUCUUCUCAACAUCAUGAAGACAAAUGGGUUGAGAAUUCCGAGAAGUCCCGAAAGUUUCUUCGAUAAGAAAUUCGACGUUGUGAAGCUUUCAUUUGGUUCAUAUUUGAAUAUUGGAAUUGAACGUGGAAUUAAAAAUUAUUAUCGACCAGGUUUAAUAAGGAAGCCAAUGUCGCUUGUGACAUCAUCUGAUGAUUCACUUGAAUCGUCUCAACCACCCGAAACUCUUCUUUUAGAUGUCGCCGUUUACAUUGUCAAAUCGAAUCCUUGCAAUGGUCUCACCGUGCCGCAAUGUAUGAUCAUCUUUGGCAGAAUAAACUGUCAAGUUUUUGAUGAUCCAUUUGUGAUCGGAAUCUACUAUGGGUCAUUUCCAACGCCAACGAUUGGUAAUGAAAUUAUGGGAAUGUUUGUGAGUGAAAUGGAAAUUCUUCAAAAGAACGACCUCGUCAUUGGAGGUAAUCAAGUUUUUCGUGUAAAGUUAAAUGCUAUUGUGAGCGAUCCCAUUUCCAAUAGUUUAAUUACUUGCACUUCAUUGCCGAGUUCACUUUACGGCUGCAGUAAAUGUAAUCAAAAGGCUAAUCUUGAAAUUGAUAAUGGAUAUACGAGUUUUCCAACGACAAUGACACUUGCAACUUUAAGAUCGGAUGAUGAUUUCAAAUAUCUUCUUCCUAAUGAUCAUCACAUCGCUCAACCAACUUUAGCUCAACUUGAUCUUGGACUAAUCUCACAAUUUGUUUUGGAUUAUAAGAUCAUUGUUUGCAAAGGUGUUAUGAAGCAAAUGAUGAAUCUUUGGGUGAAUGGUCGUCUUGAUUAUCGCUUGAAUAAAGAAACACAACAAAAAAUUUCACGAGAUUUGAUUAUGAUGAGUGGAAAUUGUCCGAGAGAGUUUGUUAAACGACCAAGAACAUUGGAAGAGAUUUCGUUGUGGGAUGGCGAUGAUUGGAAUGAAUUUCUGCUCUACUACUCACCGAUUGCUUUAAAAAGUCGAAUGGCUCAAAAAUAUUACAUUCACUUUCUUUAUCUUCAUCUUGCGAUGAGAAUUCUCAUGACUUCAGAUGGUUCGAAUGCUGAAGCUAACUCGUUUAUCCUGGGACAACUUCUGAACACUUUUCUUGCUGAUUUCACGACACUUUAUGGCAACGAUAAAGUUGACUACAAUAUUCACAAUCUUCUACACUUUGAACAGAUUCAACAGAAGCUUGGGAGUCUUAAGAAGCUUAAUGGGUUUGUGUAUGAAAGUCAAAUCAACAUGAUGAACUCGUUCUUAGAUGCAUCAGUGGAAAUUAACAUGGAAGAAAUUGGAGAAAAAAUAAUUGAAAACACAAACGUUAUGGUUGAAAAUAAAAUUAAUGAAUUAAUUAACACUUCAUAUCCUUUCGUCGAUGCGAAAGGUGAAUUAGUUUUUAAAACUUUUACUAUUUCUGUCUUUGAGCCCGACAAUCACGUGAUAAUGCGCGAUGCUGUUGUCAAAGUUGAAGCGAUUUGUAAUGACACAGUCAAACGAGAAAUUAUAAUCAUUGGGCGACGUUACGAGCGUGUCGAGAUUAUGUUUCAAGCACCACUUUCAAGUCAAAGACUUCUUCAUGUGUCGUCACUGUCACCACAUCAUACAUUUAAGCUUUCAGAUUUUGUUUGUAAAGCCAAUUUUGAUGCAUUAAAUACUCAACUUAGCUCUGAAACUGCACAACUUCAAGCUGAAUAUAUUGAAACUGAAAAAGAAUUGAAAAAGCUCGAACAAAAAUGGCAAGAUUUGAAAUUGGAUUACGACAGAGCGGAAAUGUUGUUGGAGAAAGCGAGACUGGAGAGUGAAGGUUCACCAAGAAGUCGCAGAAGUAAUGAAGGAAAAACUGGUACACUCAAGGAAACUUUAACAUUGCAAUUGCGAGAACAGGAAAAUAUCUACUCAAAGUUGAAAACUGAACGCGAUCACAUUCAAUCAUCGAAAAAUGAUCGAUACAAGCAAAUCGAAAUGUGGACUGACUUGGGUGAAUUAUUUGAGUUGAAAAAGAAAUGCUAUUUGGAAGCUAAGAAGCAAGGAAUUGGCGGAACUUUGUCGUUUACAAACACAUCAGAAACAUUUACUUUACAAUGA